CGAAGCGAAGUUGUGGUGCCCUCAAAUGCGGCAUUGGCAGAGUUUUCCUUUUUUGAUUUCUGUAUUAAAUUGCAACUAUUGGGAAAACAAAGAAUUGGCUGACGCUGCAACGUAGACGCAACCAUUCGGUAGACGUAGCAACGUUGAAUUCUGUUUACAAAUAUAGCAAAAUAGUGAAAUGAAUGUUCCUCCUAGCGCUGGCAAUGGAGCUGUCGUUGGUGGUGGAGGAGGAGGUGUCGGUGUUGGCACAUACGCGCACCCGCCACCGGCUGCUCCCGGCAUGGUACCACAAUUUCCACCGCCCGGUUUUGCUGCCCCCCACCCGCCGCCAGAUUUAGCAGCUGCCUUUGGAGUUUUGGGACCACAUACGGAAUGGACAGAGCACAAGGCUCCCGAUGGUCGAUCCUAUUACUACAAUCAAAAUACCAAGCAAAGUUCAUGGGAGAAGCCAGAAGCACUGAUGACCCCAGCCGAAUUGUUGCACACUCAAUGUCCAUGGAAAGAGUAUCAUUCAGAUGCUGGCAAAGUGUAUUAUCACAAUGUGGCCACUAAGGAAACAUGUUGGGAACCGCCUCCCGAAUAUGUCGAUAUGAAAGUCAAAGCUAAGGCAGAAGAAGCCGCCGCUGCUGCAAAAGCAGUUGCAGCCAUGACUUCUUCUAGCCUGGCGGGCAUGGUGCCACAUGCUGCACUGGCAAGUAUAUUGCCCACAGCACUGCCGCCAGCUCCAAGGAUACCCACCCCAGAGAUUCAUUCGCCUUUAACGCCCAGUAGUAAUGAGAACUCAUCCUCGGCUCUGGAUCAGGCUAUGGCAGCUACAUUAGCUGCCAUUGAGGUGCCUCAAACGAAUGCUAAGAAAAAUGAUAAAACGGCGGCUUCUGCUCCAGUCACUUUUAAGGAUAAGCGAGAAGCGAUUGAGGCUUUUAAAGAGCUGUUACGUGAAAGAAAUGUUCCAUCCAAUGCCAAUUGGGAUCAAUGUGUUAAGAUUAUAUCAAAGGAUCCGCGAUAUAGCUCUUUCAAAACUCUCAAUGAACGCAAACAAACCUUCAAUGCCUACAAAACGCAAAAGCUGAAAGACGAAAGAGAAGAGUCUCGGCUGAGGGCCAAAAAGGCCAAAGAGGAUCUGGAGCAAUUCCUUAUGUCCAGCGACAAAAUGAAUUCGCAAAUGAAGUAUUUCCGCUGUGAGGAGGUCUUUGCCAGUAAUCGUCUGUGGACGACAGUGCCAGAACCAGAUCGACGAGAUAUCUACGAAGAUUGUAUGUUCAAUUUGGCCAAACGUGAAAAGGAAGAAGCGCGUGUCCUGAAAAAGCGAAAUAUGAAAGUUCUGGGUGAAUUACUAGAAUCGAUGACAUCUAUUAACUUUGCCACCACCUGGUCCGAGGCCCAGGUAAUGCUAUUGGACAACACCGACUUCAAGAACGAUGUAAACCUCCUUGGCAUGGAUAAAGAAGAUGCCUUAAUUGUAUUUGAAGAGCAUAUACGCACUCUGGAGAAGGAAGAGGAUGAAGAACGUGAGAGGGAAAAGAAACGAGUGAAGCGGCAACAGCGUAAAAAUCGCGAUUCAUUUCUUGCUCUACUUGAUUCCCUGCACGAAGAAGGUAAACUUACCUCCAUGUCACUAUGGGUCGAGCUAUAUCCGAUUAUAUCGGCGGAUUUACGUUUCUCCGCCAUGCUCGGCCAAAGUGGAUCCACACCGCUGGAUCUAUUUAAGUUUUAUGUGGAGAAUUUGAAAGCUAGAUUUCAUGAUGAAAAGAAAAUCAUACGUGAAAUACUCAAGGAAAAGGCAUUUCUCGUCCAGGCGAAAACCUCAUUUGAAGAUUUCGCCACUGUGGUGUGUGAGGAUAAGCGUUCCGCUAGCCUUGAUGCGGGCAAUGUGAAACUUACCUACAAUUCACUUCUGGAAAAGGCGGAGGCCAUUGAGAAGGAACGUCUGAAAGAAGAAGUUCGUCGAUUACGGAAAUUGGAGAAUGAGGUAAAGAACGCUUGGCUGGAAGCGAAUGUUUCUGUGGCCGAAUCCUAUGAUAGUGCCAAAAAACUGGUCGAACAUCUAGAAGCGUUUGCUCUGUACGAAAAGGAAAUUGGUGUCGAGAAAAUCUGGGAAGAUUUCAUUAAAGAAAGCGAAGAUGCCUGCAGUCAUCAUCAUUCGCGAUCGCGUAAAUCGAAAAAGAAUAAGAAACAUAAAAAGCGUGUGCGCUCCACAUCACGAUCAGAUAUUGAGAAUGAAUUGGCCGAGGUGGAGAAAGCCAAACGUUCCAAACGGUCCAAAUCAAGAUCGCACUCUCUUAGCUCAAUAAACAGCAGAGAAAGCGAAAAAUUGUUAAAGAAGAAAAAGAAGCGUAAAAACAAGUUUCGAGGUUCUUCUUGUGAAUCGGAAAGUGCAAUUAUUGCUGGUGGUAUUCAAUCACCGACAACAGGUUUACAUCAAAACGAUUCCAACUCUCAUUCACCAGCCAAGAAAAAGAAAAAGGAAAAGAAAGCCAAAAAAGACAAGGAUAGUAGUAAACGGCAUCGUCACAGUCCUGCCCAAUCUCCACCGGAAUCGCCUGUAUCCCGGCAAGAGGAUUUGACAUUAAGCGAUGGCGAAUUGGAAUCAAAACGGGCUGCUCUUCUGGCACAACUCAACGAACAGUUGGAUGAAUGAUUUUUCCGUACAAUUCUCGUCUAUCAUCAUCUUUCAUUUAUCAAUAUCUUUUUCUGAUGCUAAUUAUAUAUAUAUACAUAUAUAUUUCUCUUUAGAUCACUUAAGUUUGAAUGUAAAAAAAAGAAAGUUUUAAGUAUAACAAAGUCAAAUUUUAAUUAAUAGCCUAUUAAUGAUCUUUGUGUCUAUGCAAAGCAGGAAAACAAUGCAAAACAUAAUAUGAAAAUAAAAAAUUAAAGAAAAAAUAAAUAAA